AUGGCCGUCCUCACCGGUACCGCCAAAAUCCGCUUCGGGGUUGCUGACACAGCAGACGACAUGGAAGAGAAUACUCAUGGCCAUGGCAGAGAGGAAGGCGGGAUCGAGGUCGAAGCUGGUGUCGGCGACGUCUUCAUCCUUCCCGCAGGGACAGCGCAUAAGACCUUCGAUACGUCGCCAGUGACUGAGUUUAAGCUGCUGACUCCUGGCGACGGUCACCAUAUCUUAACCAAAGGAUCAGAUGUGAGAGAAACAUUGGCAAAUGUUCAGCUGGACGGUUUCACAAUGGUUGGCGCCUAUCCCAAAGGCGGAGGGGAAUGGGACUUCGCUACAGGUGGCGAGAAUCGAGGUGAAUACGAGAGGGUCUGGUCAGUCCCCAAGCCUGAAAACGAUCCUGUUUUAGGCAAGGCGGAGGAAGGGCUUUGUGGCCAGUGGCGGUAG